UGAAACAUUGUCGUAAAGUGCCUACGUUCGAGUCGAGCUCCAGCUUAUGGCAGAGGAGGCCUUACGUUCUUCCGGUCAAAUAUCCAGUUCUUUUCAGGCGGACAGGAGAAAGGAACGGUGCAGAAUGCUGGCAUCAAGAGCCCUGAGCCUUAUUGGCAAACGAGCCAUUUCUGCAUCUGUCUGUGUCCGUGGAGCACAUGGCGUUGCUAAGGUGGAGGACUACACGCUCCCCCACUACGUUGACAGCAGGGAUACCCCUCUUCCUGAAGUGGCUUAUGUGCAGCAACUUAGUGCACAACAGAGGACUUUGAAGGAGAAGGAGAAGGGCUCCUGGGCUGCUCUCAGUAAUGAGGAGAAGCUUGCACUGUACCGCAUCAGCUUCAAAGAGAGCUUCGCUGAGAUGAACCAGGGAUCACAGGAGUGGAAGACUGCAGUUGGCGGUAUCUUGUUCUUCCUGGGUUUCACUGGCCUGCUUGUUCUUUGGCAGAGGAAAUAUGUGUACGGACCUGUCCCACAUACAUUCGAUCCUUUGUACAAGGAGCAAGAACUGCAAAGGAUGUUGGACAUGAGAAUCAACCCAGUCGAGGGCUUCUCAGCCAAGUGGGACUACGAGAACAAGCAGUGGAAAAAGUGAUGGGUCUCUACAGUUACCUACUGUUCCUACAUCCAGGCAAAUCUAACUUGAGAGAUACAAGAAUAUCUAUAUUUCUGGUUUUAUCAUUUGUUCAAAAUACUGCAAUCUGUGAAUUGUGGAAGACCACUUCCUCCUAAGGUUCCUGUGUAUAAUAAAAUAAAACGUGUUCAACCAAAUAAAACCUCUCCAGUUA